UCUUCAGAUAACAAACUUUGGUUUCAGCCAGAGUGCACUGGAAGUGGGCCUGAGGACCAGGUAGGUCCAAGCCCACGGGCAUUUCACAUUGCUGUUGCAAUUGAUUGUCACAUGUUCAUAUUUGGUGGGCGUUAUGGUAGCAAAAGGUUGGGUGACUUUUGGGUUCUAGAUACAGAUAUAUGGCAGUGGUCUGAGCUCACCAGUUUUGGUGACUUACCUUCACCACGAGAUUUUGCUGCAGCUUCAGCCAUUGGGAACCGGAAAAUUGUUAUGUAUGGUGGCUGGGAUGGUAAAAGGUGGUUAUCAGAUGUGUAUGUCUUGGACACAAUAUCACUAGAAUGGAUGGAGCUGUCGGUAUCUGGAUCAUUACCACCACCUAGAUGUGGCCACACAGCUACUAUGGUGGAGAAAAGGUUGCUUGUCUAUGGUGGCAGAGGAGGUGGUGGGCCAAUUAUGGGUGAUUUAUGGGGCUUGAAGGGUCUUAUUGAAGAAGAGAAUGAAACGCCUGGAUGGACCCAGUUGAAGCUUCCAGGUCAAGCUCCUUCUCCUCGCUGUGGUCAUACUGUGACCUCCGGAGGGCACUAUCUGUUGUUAUUUGGAGGUCAUGGGACUGGUGGUUGGUUGAGUCGUUAUGACAUUUAUUACAAUGACAGCAUUGUUUUAGAUCGGUUGUCUGCACAAUGGAAGCGCUUACCGACUGGCAACGAGCCCCCUGCUGCCCGGGCAUACCACUCUAUGACGUCUAUUGGUUCACGUCAUCUAUUAAUUGGUGGGUUUGAUGGCAAAUCAACCUUUGGUGAUCUGUGGUGGUUGGUCCCAGAAGAGGACCCUAUUGCAAAGCGGUUCACUGCAUCUCCACCCAAUGAUAUUCCUGAAAAUAAGGAUGCUGCAAUAGCAAAUAAUAAUGUCCAAUCUGCACUCGAGGGAAGCCAAAGGGAACAAUCUGCUGUCUCAGAGUUACAAAGAAGAUUAGAAAUUUCAGUUUCACUCUCUAGUCCUGGGUUUCCAAUUGUAGAUGAGUUGGAAGAUAAAGAAUUCCUUGAACUAGCAUCAAGUUUUUUUGGAGAAAGAGUGUCUAGUAAUUUGCAGGCAAUUGAAGCACUUCGUGAUCACUGGAGGAAGGCUAUACCAAGGUCUAUACCACUUAAGGAGUUUGGGCCCUUGCUUCGUGACUACCAACGUUUGAUAGCCCGUCAUCAAUUUGACAGGGCUAAUGAUGGAUCUGAUCUGCAUUCUGCUGAAGUUGGUUUGCUUGGAAAAGAUGCUUAUCGGUUUUAUCAUAUUAAAAAUGCCUCUCAGUUACGUAUGGAUGAUCUCCCAUUGCUGCUCACGGAGUACAAACAGAUUCUUUCGGAUUAAUUAAUAUAUGGGGAGUCUUCCUUUAUAAGAAAAUAAAUUAAGAUUGCCUAAUGGUGUCCCAGAUUUCCUUAUCUCAUGAAAUAUGUUGGGAGAGUCUUCUUCUUGGAACUACCUCAAACCAUUAGUCCUUG